AUGUUCUCGACGUUGGCCGAUCGACCCGCGCCGAAGAGUAUUUCUCCUACGGAGACGGCGGAUUCGGAGGCGAACGACAACGACAAUAAAAGACGGAGGAUCAGUUCGAUGGACGAUCGCCAAUAUCUUCCUCGUCGCCAGGAAUCGCGUCGCAGCUCUCAUCCUCCAACCGACGCGCCCGUCGAGGACGAUCGUCGUCGUCAUCAGGAGUUUCGUUCCAACUUUCCCGUCGAAUUGCCCCCUGUGCGCAUCCUGACGACGCGUUAUUUACUGACGACGACUGGCUACAAGUACAUAGCCAUAGGUAUCACGAUCAAGACACCGUGGUACAGUCUUCAUACCACGCCUUCGUACGUGGAUAUCGCCCUGGGGGACAAACAAGGAAGGGAAAUCUCCCUGACGCUCGACAUGUGGAAAGGACUGAUCGAGCGCAAACGCGAUGUAUUGUCGUGCAUGGAACGCGCUCUUUCCGACGUAACUCACCCCCCCUCGCCGAUGUCGAUCGGAGGGAUGACAAUGCGAUUCGGAGUGAUCAACAACGGGUCGAUCGUACGUAUAGAGCUACCCAACCUGGCUCGCGUAGCGAUGGUGCGCACAACACUGCUCAAGCUGUACAAUCUGCAAUUUUGCGUGGAUCGCGUCAUCCGUGCGCUGAACGCGGCGACCGAGGAGGUCGACGCUAAGUUUUUGCGCUAUCGGGAGAUAGCCGCCGCCGCGAUGAAAAUGGAAACUUCGAUUCAGCCUUAG